UGGAAGCUCAUAUUCAACAGUGUGGAGAGAAGUGACGUGGAGUACUAUGAAGAUAAUAAGCGGACGUCUGCUGAAAACUUCAGAAACUAUGAGAAGAGUCGUGACUAGAUAUGUGGAUGAGCUACGCCAGCGGUGGUAAUACCGGGCGCCUCAGGAUUCAAGCUUGCACACCGGCGAAACAAGUUUUUUAUCCAGGAAUUAACAACACAGAGUAGCCGGCUAGCCGGUCAGCUAACAGGAACAGCAUCGGCUCUAGCUAUAGCUCUCUAAAGUCAGCGUCAUGCAAGUGAUAUAUUGUAUCAUCACCAGGAUAUGAUCACCACGAAGAAGGUCUUCACUCACCGCCGCUGACGUGCUUUUAUUGACAGAAACAGCAGUUGUUAGCUUGUAUUAGCCUCCUCGGUUUAGCAGGUAAACAACCACGCAGACUGUCAAAAUGUGCUCUCUGCUCCGGGGGGAAGAGAUGUGUCUGGCCCAGCUGUUCCUGCAGUCUGGGUCUGCAUACGACUGCAUCAGUGAACUUGGAGAACUGGGGCUAGUGGAGUUCAGAGACCUCAAUCCAAGUGUUAACACAUUCCAGCGGAAACAUGUCAAUGAGAUAAAGAAAUGUGAAGAGAUGGAGAGGAUCCUUGGGUACCUUCUGAGGGAAGUGAAAAAAGCAGACAUUUCACUGCCAGAAAGAGACGUGAACCCAGUGGCUCCUUUACCCAAGCACGUCAUUGCUAUAAUGGAGCAGCUGCAGAGACUAGAAGUGGAGUUGGGUGAAGUCACCAGGAAUAAAGAGAAGCUGCAGAGGAAUCUGCUGGAGCUGACAGAGUACACACACAUGCUCCGCAUCACACGCAACUUUGUACAGAGAUCAGCGGAGCGAGAACCCUUGCAAGUUCAGUAUGAGGAGUUUCCCUUCCUUGAAAAAGACACUAUGAUGGAUUACAGCAGCAUGCAAAGACUUGGAGCCAAAUUGGGUUUCAUUUCCGGGCUUAUUCAGAGGACAAAGAUCCAGGCGUUUGAGCGAAUGCUUUGGAGAGUCUGUAAAGGCUACACCAUACUCAGCUAUGCUGAGGUCGAGGAUUAUUUGGAAGACCCUGACACAGGUGAGCCUUCCAAACGUGUGGUGUUCCUCAUCUCUUACUGGGGAGACCAAAUCGGUCAGAAAGUGAAGAAGAUCUGUGAUUGCUACCACUGUCACUUGUAUCCCUAUCCCAGUAACAAUGAGGAGAGGAAUGAUGUUGUGGAAGGACUAAGAACUCGCAUUCAGGAUCUGCACACAGUACUUCUCAGGACGGAGGAAUACCUGAAGCAGGUUUUGAUUAAGGCCUCCGAAUCGGUCUACACCUGGGUCAUCCAGGUCAAGAAGAUGAAGGCCAUCUACUAUAUUCUGAACCUGUGCAGUUUGGACGUUACUAACAAGUGUCUGAUCGCUGAAGUGUGGUGUCCUGUCAAUGACAUUCCCACGCUGCAGAGGGCCCUAGAAGAAGGAUCAAGAAAAAGCGGAUCGACGGUUCCUUCCUUUGUCAAUCGCAUCCCCACCAACGAUGCUCCCCCCACACUGAUACGGACCAACAAAUUUACCUCAGGCUUCCAGAACAUUGUGGAUGCCUAUGGGGUGGGAAAUUACAGAGAAGUUAACCCCGCUCCUUUCACCAUCAUCACUUUCCCAUUCCUGUUUGCGGUGAUGUUCGGGGAUCUAGGCCAUGGAACAAUCAUGGCUCUGUUUGCUCUCGGCAUGGUGCUGUACGAGAACAACCGCAAACUUAAAAACACCAGAAAUGAGAUCUGGAACACAUUCUUUGAGGGGCGCUAUAUCAUCCUAAUGAUGGGCCUGUUCUCCAUCUACACUGGCCUGAUUUACAACGACUGCUUCUCUAAGUCCCUUAACGUCUUUGGUUCUGGAUGGAGUGUGAAGGCCAUGUUCAGAGAGAAGGUGUGGAAGAUUGCUGAUAUCCAUGGGAAUCGUUUUCUCACUCUGGAUCCAAAUGUUACGGGAGUUUUCACUGGACCGUAUCCUCUGGGAAUUGACCCGAUCUGGAAUUUGGCAUCCAACCGGCUUACAUUUCUGAACUCCUAUAAGAUGAAGAUGUCAGUAAUAGUGGGCAUCAUACACAUGAGCUUUGGGGUCGUCCUCAGCACUUUUAAUCACUUGCACUUUAGGAAGAAGUACAACCUCUACUUGGUGUUUCUCCCUGAGCUCCUCUUCCUGCUGUGUCUGUUUGGCUACCUGGUGUUCAUGAUAAUCUACAAAUGGCUGGUGUUCACUGCAAAGGAAUCCCGACACGCUCCAAGCAUCCUCAUCCACUUCAUCAACAUGUUCCUCAUGCAGGGGGACGGAGUGCAGCCCCUCUACCCAAGACAGACUGGCCUGCAGUUAUUUCUGGUGGUCAUUGCUGUUCUCUCUGUGCCUGUCUUACUGGUGGGGAAACCUGUCUACCUUUAUUGGCUUCACAACGGCAGCCACCGCUUAGGGAUGUACAGGGGUUAUGAGCGUGUACGCCGUAACAGUGAAGAGGAGCUCUACCUGAUGAGGGCUCAUGACAUGGAGGAGGGCAGCGGCCACAGUGAUCUGUCCACUAGUGGAGAGCGGCAGAAAGAGGAGUUUGACUUUGGAGACGAGUUCCUCCAUCAGGCCAUUCACACUAUUGAGUAUUGCCUGGGUUGCGUUUCCAACACAGCCUCCUAUCUACGGCUCUGGGCUCUGAGCCUGGCACAUGCCCAGCUAUCAGAGGUGCUGUGGGAAAUGGUAAUGCGAGUUGGACUACGAAUGGACACUACUCUCGGGGUUUUAUUCCUAGUGCCUGUGUUCUGCCUGUUCGCCGUUCUUACCGUCUCAAUCCUUCUGGUAAUGGAGGGUCUGUCUGCAUUCCUUCAUGCCCUCCGCCUGCACUGGGUGGAGUUCCAAAAUAAAUUCUACAGUGGGACUGGAAUCAAGUUUUGCCCCUUUUCCUUCUCUCUCCUGCCAUCCAGCUUUGAACAUGAUGGCUUACUGUGAAGGGAAUUUGGUAAUAGUUGGUAAGUGGUUAAAGGAGCCAGAAGAAGUCACCAGGGUCCCAUGCUUUUAAAGAUAUGUUCAAGAGAAGUCACGAGGGGAUUUUGAAUCUUGUUGUCAUCUUUUUACAUAAUGUCAACUGUAUGUAAGACAGGGUGACUUGUACAAGCAGGUUGAAAUGUGAGGCUUGGAUUUAAAUGUAACUCAUAACCCUAAAACCAUACAUUUUCUACUGAGGCAUUAUUGGUUGCAGUUGAUGUCAAACCACAUCUAGCGAACUUUGAAAAAUAUGUGAAAAAAGAUUGAGUGAUUUUAGUAUGAGAUAACUUAACAAUAAUAAACAACUGGGAUUUGUUAUUUAAACAGGAUAAAAAGAAUGUCAAUCUUUACCUUUAAGAAAAUAACACUAUCCUCCAUUUCUCCUCCUCCGUUCUUUGGUAUUUUUGUCAUUAAUUUUUGAAUAUUGUUUAUACGAAUGCAGUUAUCUUCACUUUUCAGUUUUGGCAGUUGUGACGGUUAAAUCGUUUUUUGCUCAAGUUUUUGUUGCACUGAUUGCCUUACAGAAUUACAACCUAGCUACAGCAUACUGUAUCAUUCUUCAUUUUCUCUUGUGUUCUGACUUUGUAUUACCAAAAUGCUGCAAAGGAUCUGAUACGAAAAGUGCCUGAGUAGGCUUGUGAUGCUGAAAUGUAUAUACUUUACAGAAAUAUUUUUUAAUUUAUUAUUUUUUUUAAUUAUGUGUCAUGAUUAAAUUUAUGUUAAUAGUGAUUGGAGUCUGCCAUAUACUGUACAGAUUAACAUUCCAUGCAGUUGUUGACCCAGCACUUACUUUGAAAGAUCCUAUUGCCAUCCAACUCAAUUGCCGGUCUUUAUUAAAUCUUUUCGGGAUAACAUUUAAUUUGACUAAUAUUAGGCAUGAGAAGUUUUUUGCUAAUUUGAAGUUGUAUUGUUUGGGAUUGAUUUUUUUUUGCUAAAUUAAUACGAAGAUUAAGAUAAUUCACUGGCAAAACACUUACAUGCCACAUAUUUUUGAAAGUCAUGACCAUGUGUGUAAAGUUUCAACAGUGGAUUAAUAUAGUUUAUAAUCUUGUCCUGACGAUCGCUUUUUUAUCUUGGCAAGUGAUGUUUGUUUACCACUUUUUUGCCUGUAGUGGACAUAGGAUUGUUUUAUGGGUUGGUUGAAGGGGUACAAUGUAUUCUAAUGCAGGCCUAAUCUUGCCGUUAAGUUUUAUGUUCAGAAUCAAAAUUCAUUAACAAACACUCCAUGUUCAUGUUUUUUCAAUAAUAAAUUGAGUUUUUUAAA